GCACCCACAGACAGCCAGCGACCCCGGGGCCAGAGGGACGAAACACAACCUGUUGACGUGCAACAAGUGUCAGCCCUGAGCUCAUGGCAGGACCCCGACCCAUCUGCAUCCCCUCAGCCCGGCCCGCCUCACAGUAGAGCCUCAACCUGCCAUCUGUCCCCCGGGGACCCAAACCUGAGGACACACAACUUUUUGUGCGUCUGUCAAAAAGGGGAGCUUGAACUUUUGGUCCAGAGGACACACAGAGUUUUCUCAUCUCCGCUCGUUGUCACUUUUUGAGGAGACCUUUUCCUGAGAGAGAUGAUGGAGGACCACCUGGUGAAGAUCCCCAUGAUGCCGUCCUGUUCUCCCUCCGAGUCGUGUGCCAGCGGGGGGAGCGACGACAGCCGAGGAGCCAAGAGCCCGGCCCCGGGUAAGGCCCUGAGCCCGGCCCUGGUCUGCAGAGUGUGCGGUGACACCAGCAGCGGGAAACACUACGGAAUCUACGCCUGCAACGGCUGCAGCGGCUUCUUCAAGCGCAGCGUGAGGAGGAGGCUCAUCUACAGGUGCCAGGCCGGCACAGGCAUGUGUGCAGUGGACAAAGCUCAUCGCAACCAGUGCCAGGCCUGUCGGCUGAAGAAGUGCCUGCAGGCCGGCAUGAAUAAAGACGCCGUGCAGAACGAGCGUCAGCCCCGCAGCACGGCUCAGGUCCGCCUGGACUCCAUCGACGUGGACCCGGACAAGGAGCACCUGGCCACCACCCGGGAGCCCACCUCCUCUUCCUCCUCCUCCUCCUCUUCCUCCUCCUCCUCCUCCAGUGUCAUCACGUGGCCCCACAUCACCUCCUCCAUGUCCAUCACCUCCUCCGUGGCCCCCCAGCGCUGCAUCAGUCCCCAGAACAACCACCGCUUCAUGGCCAGCCUCAUGACGGCUGAAACCUGCGCCAAGCUGGAGCCCGAGGACGUUGAUGAGAACAUCGACGUGACCAGCAACGAGCCGGAGAGGGCGUCCUCUGAGUAUCACAUGGCUCUGUAUCCGUCCAGCUCGGAGAACGUGUACGAGACCUCGGCCCGGCUUCUCUUCAUGUCCGUGAAAUGGGCCAAAAACCUGCCGGUGUUUUCCAACCUGCCCUUCAGAGACCAGGUGAUCCUGCUGGAGGAGGCGUGGAGCGAGCUCUUCCUGCUCUGUGCCAUCCAGUGGUCGCUGCCUCUGGACAGCUGCCCACUGCUCUCCCUGCCCGACCUUUGCCCCGGCAUGCAGGGGAAAACCAGCUACACCAGCCUGGACCUGCGCCUCCUGCAGGAGGUGUUCAGCCGCUUCAAGGCCCUCGCCGUGGACCCCACGGAGUUCGCCUGCCUCAAGGCCAUCGUGCUCUUCAAGCCAGAGACUCGAGGUUUGAAGGAUCCAGAGCAGGUGGAGAAUCUGCAGGACCAGUCCCAGGUGAUGCUGGGACAACACAUCCGCUCCCACUAUCCCAGUCAACCAGCCAGGUUGGGGAAGCUGCUCCUCCUCCUCCCCUCCCUGCGCUUCGUGAACUCCGAGCGGAUCGAGCUGCUGUUCUUCCACAGGACCAUCGGGAACACUCCCAUGGAGAAGCUGCUGUGCGACAUGUUCAAGAACUGAUCAACCCUCCUCGGGUGGAACCAGUGAUAUUUGUAUUUUCUGUAAAACAUAUCAGAGAUUCUGCUCUUCUCCCCCAAAGGCCACUUUAUUAUUUGUUGUUUCCACAUCAGGGUGAUUCUGAAAUGCGUUUCCCUUCUCCUCAUGCUCGCUGUCUGUAUCAUACUUAGAUCUGUGACUCGCUCUAGUGUCCCUUCAUUCCUGGGUCUUGUUGUGUUGCCUCGUGGUCGAUGGACGGAUGAUCCCGGCUGUCCGUGAGGUUCUGUUCAUGUUGUCAUGCCUUGAUAAAGUCCAAUUUGCUUUAA